UUGUGUGAUUAUUAGAAAUUAAUGAAUAGUGUUGAGCCUUAUAUAUUUUAUGAAGUGUUUAAGUCCUCGAGUUAUAAUUAAAAGUUAAUUAUUACUUCAGAAUAAAAAAUAAGGAAGUCUUCCUUAAGUGAAUCUGUUCGUGCUUAUCAUUUGAUAAUAUUUUAUUCAUCAAAACUUAAAAGAUGAAUCGUUUCCAAAGAUUAUGGAGCUACGAGAAGCUAGCUAAUGAAAAUGUCAAGGAUGAAAAAGUCAUUGAUGAUGAGGAUUAUAAUUCAUGCUUUCAAUUGGGAAAGAAUCUUAAGAACUCUUGCAAAAAACUCAUCAUCAUGAAGAGCCAGCAACAACAUUACGAGGAAUCAAAAGUAACAGUUGAAGAUGCAGCAAGUGUCGCAACAGAGAAAAAAAUCAUUAAAAAGUUAAGAGAGCAACAAAAUAAUAAUAAGCAAAACAAGAAUCAAAAGAGUCUGUACAAGUGCUUGAACAAGUUCCUGAGUAAAGUUUCGACACAGCAUGAACGCUUACAUGACCUGAAUGAGGGAGAGGAAAAGUCAGGAGAUCUUGAUGAAUAUGUAGCUUCGGGUAUUUAUGAAAUAUUUGGCAAAUCAUGUUCAAAGACUGCAAGCAAACCAAUUGAAAUUGAAGCUGAAGACUUGACGAGUAACAGCUGGUACCAAAGUGGAUUACUUGGAAAGUUUUCACUCGAAAUGCUGAAACAUCAAAGUCCCGGAUCAUUUAUAAUUCACAAAAGUUCCCUCAAAUCCUCAAACUUUAUUCUAUCACUACGUGUGCCAUCGAAGUCAUCGUCUAAAGUCAGCCACUAUCUCAUCCUGCAAUCAAAAAAAGGAUAUCGGAUAAAAGGAGAAGCAAAGUUCUUUCCAACAAUUGCAUCACUUGUUACACACCAUUCUGUCAUGUCAGAACAGUUACCAGUGACAUUGAUGGUGCAGAGAGAGACGUGCAGCUUAGUACAUAAGAAUAAUGAUGAUUUUAGUUCACUCGAAGACUUGAAAAUUAUCUUUACUGAUUUAGAGUAAAAAUAUAUAAUUUAAGUUGUAGUUAAUGAGCAUGUCCAUCUACCUCUUGUAGUUCCAAAAUUUAAUUUAAAGUUUUUGCCAAAAAAAAAGAGAAAUUUUUCUUUUAGUCAUUAAAUCUUUUGGCAGCAAACGAAGAAGUUGAUUUAAACUUUGUUGACUCUUUGGCAAUGUUGUAUGACCGUGAAACUGGAGAUGAAACUAGACUGAGAAAGAAAACUUUGUUACUAAUAGAAGAACCAAAUUUUUUAAUCAAAGAGACAAAACUUUCUUCAACAGAACUCAAAAGAGAUUAAUGCAAUUUUUUUAAAUCUGCAAAUCAUGAGCACCCUUAGCAAAUAAAAUACUUGACUUAUGCUGGGUACAAAAAGUAUGUAAUUCCUAAUCCUCAAGGUUCAAAAAGUUCACGAGAAUUGAGAAAAGUUUUGUC